GGGAAUGCGUUCCUUUUGCAAGGUGGGGAUUGCGCUGAGAGUUUUAAAGAGUUUAGUGCUAACAAUAUUAGGGACACUUUCAGAGUGAUAUUGCAAAUGAGCGUUGUGCUUAUGUUUGGUGGUCAAGUUCCUGUUGUCAAGGUGGGCAGGAUGGCCGGUCAGUUUGCAAAGCCAAGGUCUGAACCCUUUGAAGAAAAGGACGGUGUGAAGUUGCCAAGUUACAGGGGAGACAAUGUGAAUGGAGAUGCUUUCGACGAGAAAUCAAGAGCUCCUGACCCAGAAAGGAUGAUUAAGGCCUAUACUCAAUCCGUGGCUACAUUGAAUCUUCUCAGAGCAUUCGCCACCGGAGGUUAUGCUGCCAUGCAGAGAGUUAGCCAAUGGAAUCUUGAUUUCACUGAUCAUAGCGAGCAAGGGGAUAGGUAUCGUGAACUUGCACACCGAGUGGAUGAAGCAAUGGGAUUCAUGACAGCAGCUGGGCUUACCAUUGACCAUCCAAUAAUGACCACAACAGACUUCUGGACAUCCCACGAGUGCCUACUCUUGCCUUAUGAGCAAGCCCUUACAAGGGAAGAUUCUACAUCUGGCCUUUAUUAUGACUGCUCUGCCCACAUGCUUUGGGUCGGGGAGCGAACAAGGCAAUUGGAUGGUGCACAUGUAGAGUUCCUGAGAGGAGUUGCUAAUCCACUUGGAAUUAAGGUGAGUCAGAAAUGGAUCCCAGUGAGCUGGUAAAGCUUAUAGACAUUCUGAACCCCAAAAACAAACCCGGGAGAAUAACAGUAAUAGCCAGAAUGGGUGCUGAUAACAUGAGAGUGAAAUUGCCUCAUCUGAUUAGAGCUGUUCGCAGCGCAGGUCAAAUCGUGACUUGGGUCAGUGAUCCUAUGCAUGGCAAUACAACUAAAGCUCCUUGUGGACUCAAAACCCGAUCAUUUGAUGCAAUCAGGGCUGAGCUAAGGGCAUUCUUUGAUGUUCAUGAUCAAGAAGGGAGCUUUCCGGGGGGAGUGCAUCUGGAGAUGACAGGCCAGAAUGUGACGGAGUGCGUAGGAGGUUCUAGAACAAUUACCUAUAACGACCUUAGCUCACGCUAUCACACACACUGUGAUCCCAGACUAAAUGCAUCUCAGUCUCUUGAGCUUGCCUUUGUCAUUGCCGAUCGCCUCCGGAAAAGGAGGCUGGGACCCCACUUCAAGCUAUGAGAUUGAGGGAGGGGAUGUGCUAUGAUCGCUCUGCACCGUGAAGGUUUCUUCAGUUUGAGACAACUUUAACGUUAGGUUUUUAAUGUAGAGUUGUGUUGGAAGUGAUAUAUAUAGUGCUACCCCCCAAUAAAUAUGUAUAAUUUACUAAAAUGAUACUCAAGUUUUUUUUUGAAGGAAAAUGAUACUCAAGUUUAAAAACUGGAACAUGGAGAGUUGAAAGGGGUAAGAAGUAAUAGAGGUAUCCAACACUGAAACACGACCCCACCCUUGCGAAUGUGCUUACAGUUGUGUAAAGCUCACAAAAAGAGUAGAAACUAAGCCAUCUUCAACUUAACGGAUUCACAAAAACUUCAUUUAAA